GGGUAGGCCCCGGGCCUUCCCUCCCCCCUCCUUAACUCUCCCCACUCCUCACCCUCCACAGGGUCUCGGCUCCCACGCUGAGAUGAUCCCUCCGUGCUCCUCCCGCCUCCAUCGCCAUGGACACCCCCUCUAACUCGGCCUCCUCCUCUUCCUCCACCCCCGGCGUUGGCCCACCCGGCCAUGGGCAGGAUGCCCGGCCCCCUCAGGACCCCGCCACCAAAGAACCCCCCCUCCCAGAUGCCCCUGCCUCCCCACCUGCCCCCGCCGAGCCCCUGAGGCCCAGUCCCGCUGGCCUCCCAGCGGCCAUUUUGUCUGCCCCGCUACUCCCAGCAGGCUUCGGCAUAGCGGUGCCGAGCCCCUCCCUUGCAACACCCCCCGGAGACACCGCCGAAGAGGAGAGACAUGAUGAUGCUGAUGAGGAGGAAGAAGAUGAGGAAGACAGAGGCAGAACGGCUUAUCUGCUCUUCUCCCCUGAUGGCUCGGCCUACGUCUUUGCAGACAGCCACGUUCUCUUACCAAAGGGCUACCCCGGCGCCACGGCAACCCUGCCGGUGACCACCCUCCACGUCCAACAUGGCGGCUCCAACCAAGGCUUUAUGUCUGUUGACCAAAUGUCCCAGAAUACCUCAGCGCCGGGCGAGCAGCUCCCACCCGGCGCCUUCCGCAGCUACCGACUAGCCGGGGCCUCCGCUCCCACCACCCCUGCCAAAAACUUUUCCACCGAACCCAAAGAUGCCGCUGCCGACAUGGAGGGGGAAGCCAAAGCUGGGCCAGAUGGAGAACCAAUGCGGCCUUCCAUGUGGCUGUGCCUGGUUUGCCGCCUCUCCUUCCGCCGGGGCUGCUCGUUGGCGAUCCAUGCCCGCUCAGCCCAUGGGGCACGGCUGAGCCCCUGGGAGCGCCAGGCCCUGUUGCGAGGGGCUCCUGCUGCAUUCCAGGGCACCACCCUCGGCUUCCUUGAACCAAAUAUCACCACCGGCGGUGCGGACCUCAGCGCUGGAAUGUUUUCUGGAUGGGUGAAUGUAAAGGAGGAAGAGGAGGAGGAGGAGGAAGAGAGCGGCCCCCCUGGAGGACACAAGCCACCCCAUGCCAAAGAUUUGAGGGCUGGAGGCACAGCCUGGGCUGUUGUGGGGAAGGAAGAGGAGACCCAUGAAGAGGAGGAGGAGGAGGAGGAAGAGGAGGCUGAAGGCCGGAAGGAAGAUAAGGAUGGACUGAGGCCUCUCCUAGACCAAAGUUCCUAUGGCCAAAGCCCAGCCAGGUGCACGGAUGUCCUCAAAGUGCCACCGCUGGGGACAGCCAACAAGGUCAACAUUGGGUUGGCCAACAGUGAGGUCAAGGAUGAGUUCAGUGGCAUUGCCAGCGCUGGGUUGGCCAACGAAGGUUUGGCCAAUGAAGGCGCCAACAUUGGGCUGGCCAAUGAAGACGCCAGCAUUGGACUGGCCAAUGAAGACACCAGUGUCGGGUUAGGCAGUGACAGGGCCAACCCCAACGCUGGCACAGUUGCCAUUGGCUUUGGGGAUGACUACACUGCCCUGGCUUACCCCGGCCUGGCCCUGUCCAGUCAGAUGUCAUUGCUCCAUUCUCGCAACUCUUGCAAGACCCUCAAGUGUCCCAAGUGCAACUGGCAUUACAAGUAUCAGCAGACCUUGGACGUUCACAUGAAGGAGAAACACCCAGAGAGCAACAGCCACUGCGCCUAUUGCAGCGCUGGUGGCCCCCACCCACGGCUUGCCCGAGGCGAGAGCUACAACUGUGGCUACAAGCCCUACCGUUGCGAGGCCUGCAAUUAUUCCACCACCACCAAGGGAAACCUCAGCAUCCACAUGCAGUCCGACAAGCACCUCGCCAACCUCCAGGGCUACCAGGCCAAUGUUGGGGGCGGGUCCCAGGUGGGGCCCCCACCCACCCCGCCUGCCCCUGUCCCACCCACCCUGGAUGAGAAGGAGACCAAGGGCAAGACCUCCUGGCAGUGCAAAGUCUGUAGCUAUGAGACCAGCAUCUCCCGCAACUUGCGCAUCCACAUGACCUCGGAAAAGCAUAUGCAGAAUGUCCUGCUGCUCCACCAAGGGCUGCCCCUGGCUCUGCCUGGGCUUUUGGGGCAGCCCGGCGGGGGAGGGAGCAAACAGAAUGAGCUCUUCCAGUUCUAUGGGACCCAGGCACUGGGCCAGCCCCACCCUCAUCAUGGCCACCUCCACCAAGGAGCCCACGGCACUGCCUCUGGACUGCGUGGUGACCCACCACUGGAGGCCUCUCACCUGCUACUGAAUGGCUUCCAGACGUACCAGCUGGCCGCCCACCUACGCGAGGGGGGCGGGGCCGGGGCGGAGCCCCCCCCCAGCCCGGCCCCUGGCCCCGGCCCCACGCCCCCGGCCCCACCACCACUGCACCUGCGCUGCAACCUCUGCGACUAUGAGACCAACGGCAAGGACAAGAUGCGCCUGCACGUGCGCGGGGCCGGGCACCAGGAGGCCGAGCGCGGGUACCAGUUCCUGCUGGAGCUGGAGGCCGCAGCACCGGGCCCUGACCCCCCGCGCUUCCACUGCGGGCUCUGUGAGGCUUCCGCGCCCUCCCGCCUCGCCCUCCUGCGCCACCUCCGCUCCCCCCGGCACCGCCAGGCCUUGGCCCAGCGCCGGCCCCCCGACGAUGGCCUCCAGGCCCAUGUGCACCUAGCCCCAGCCCAGCUGCACCCCACCGGGAAGGACCUGACCUCAGAGCCACCACCCACCGAGAAGGAGGUGCCUGGCAAGGCCCCGCCCCCUGGAGUGGAGGAGGCGGAGCCCCAGCGCCCAGCGGGCGGGGAGACCUCCAGCACGGUGUUUUGCUGCCCCUUCUGCAGCUUCGUGAGUGCAGCAAGCGAGGUGGUGCGGGUCCAUGCCACUGAGCAGCAUGGGCUGCAGCCCACCUACCGCUGCCCACUGUGCCAAGAGCAGCUGCCCGGGCGCCCGGGGCUGCGCCUCCACCUCGGCCACACCCACAGCGUCGUGCCCGAGUGCAUGGAGCGACUCCUGUUGGUGGCUGUCGCCGUUGAGCCGACCUUUGCCACCAAGGUCCUGCCUGCCCCAGCGCCCGUCCCUGAGCCGCAAGCUGCCCCUGAAGGAGAACCCAGCCCUGGAGUGCCACCCACUGGAGACCCCGCCCCCACGGCGCCCCCACUGUCUGCCCCAUCCCCACCUUCUCCUGCUGCCGACUUGCCCUCCCAGCCCCGCCCGGCUUCUCCCAGCCCCCCAAGGCCCGACGAUAGUGAGGAGGAAGCUGCUGGGGUGCCCACCCCCACGGAGGAGGCACCAGUGGUGGUGCCACGGGCCCCUGAGGCCACCUCGGACCCACGUCACCCUCUGUCCUACCGCAAAGCCACCAACUUCGCCCUGGACAAGUUCCUGGACCCAGCCCGGCCUUUCAAGUGCACCGUGUGCAAGGAGUCCUUCACCCAAAAGAACAUCCUCUUGGUCCACUAUAACUCCGUGUCCCACCUGCACAAGAUGAAGAAAGCCUCAGUGGAGCCUGGCACUCCUGGGGGGCCUCGAGGUGAGUCCGGCCCGCCCGGUGCCCCCCAGCCAGCAUCGGAUAAGCCCUACAAGUGCGCCACCUGUCGGGUGUCCUACAACCAGAGCUCCACACUGGAGAUCCACAUGCGCUCGGUGCUCCACCAGACCCGCUCCCGUGUGGCCAAGGCCGAGGCGGCUGGGAGGGCCGAGGUGGGAGAGCCCGAGGGGCCCCUGGAGCCGCCAGCCGAGGCAGAAGCCCCCAAGGUGGCAGAGGCGGUGCCAGUGCCCUUUGCCCCGCCCCUCUUCUCACCCCCCCUGCUGCCGCCUUUCCCUGUGGUCCCAGAGUCCCUCCUUAAACUGCAGCAGCAGCAGCUCCUCCUGCCCUUCUACCUUCACGACCUCAAGGGGGCACCCAAGCUAGCCUUGGCUGCCACUCCUGCCCUCACCCUGCCAGCUCCAGCCCCGCCCCUGCUGCUGGGCCCCACCCCCAAGGAGGAUCUGCCCCCAGCGCCCGGUCCAGUCAAGCAGGAAGCAGCAGCUGAGGAAGAUGCCAAUGGGGAAGAUGCCAAUGGGGCCGCCAAGGCCUUGCUAGAGAACUUUGGCUUUGAGCUGGUCAUCCAAUACAACGAGGGCAAGCAUGGCACAGGGGUGGGGCCAGGAGGGGUAGGGCCACCGGCAGCAGCAGUGGCACCCCCAGUGACAGCCCCAGCACCGCAGCCGCCAGCUGAGAGGCUGCGGUGUGGGACCUGUGGGAAGCUCUUCUCCAACAUGCUCAUCCUCAAGACCCAUGAGGAGCAUGUCCACCGGCGCUUCCUGCCUUUUGAGGCCCUGAGCCGGUAUGCCGCCCAAUUCCGCAAGAGCUACGACAGUCUGUACCCACCUGCUGAGGGCCCAGCGCCCACUGAGGCCCCGCCCCCUGCCACUGCCACCCCCUUGGACUUCCCGCCGCUCUGCCCGCCCUUCCUGAUGCAGCCCAUGGUGGUGCCACCAGCCGGGCCCAGCCCUGAGGUGGCUCCAACAUGGGGCCUAGCUGAGGGGCGGUGGGUGCGGGGAGAAGAAGAAGAGGCUAUGGCGGGGGCAGAUGCGGCCCGUGGGACUGCCUCUAGCCGCCGCUUCUCCCGCACUAAAUUCACUGAGUUCCAGUCCCAGGCCCUGCAGAGCUUCUUUGAGUCCAGCGCCUACCCUAAGGACGGCGAGGUGGAGCGUCUCUCAGCCCUCUUGGGCUUGGCCAACCGGGUGAUCGUGGUGUGGUUCCAGAACGCCCGGCAGAAGGCUCGCAAGAGUGCAGCUGAGGCUGGGGUGGGAGCUGGAGCAGGAGCUGGGGGCCAACCCAGCUGCAAGAAAUGUGGGGCUGCCUUCCGUUGCAUCUUCGAGCUGGUGAAGCACCUCAAGAAGUGCUAUGACAACCAGCCCCCAGUGGGCACCAAUGAAGAUGAGGAAGAUGCUGGUGAGGAAGAGCAAGAGGAGCCUGAAGCAGAGGAAGAGCCUGAGCCACCACUCGGAGAGGAGGAGGAAGAGGAGGAAGAAGAGGAUGAGCGGGAUCUGCCACCAGGCACCGGAGACACUAAGGAAGAUGGGCCAGCUGGGAAUGAUGCCCCUGAGCUGGCAGUUGAAGACUCCCCAGCACUUCCCGGCACCCACGGCUCCACCCUACCCACGCCACCAACACUGCUGCCUUUUGGGGAUGGUUCCCGUGGCCCCUGUGGGCCCCUCAAGAGGAAGCAUGAAGACGGAAGCCUGUCACCGGGCACAGGGAGCAGUGGGGAAGGGGAGUCCCCCCGGGACAAGCGUCUCCGCACCACCAUCUUGCCUGAGCAGCUAGAGAUCCUCUACCGCUGGUACCUGCAGGACUCCAACCCUACCCGCAAGAUGCUGGACUGCAUCUCUGAGGAGGUGGGGCUCAAGAAACGUGUUGUCCAGGUCUGGUUCCAGAACACCCGGGCCCGGGAGCGCAAAGGCCAGUUCCGCUGUAGCCCAGGUGCCACCAGCCCAGCCAUCAAACCCACGCCGGUGAAGUUCAGCCCCACCCCCAGUGCUGGGACCCCCAGUCUUGGCUUGGGGGCCCUCCCCACAGCCCAGCUCCCUCCACCACCAUUGAAAGGGGAGCCAGAGGAGCCCGAAGCCUGUAGCCCAUCCGGUGGGGAGCUGAGUGACUCCUCCUCCUCCUCCUCCUUGUCAUCCUUGGGUGACCCAGAGUCGCCAGGUGGACGGGGGCGGGCACUAGAUGGAGGCACUGGGGCUGGGCCCGAGGCUCUGGGCCAACGCCGGUACCGGACCCAGAUGUCCAGUUUGCAGCUGAAGAUCAUGAAGGCCUGCUAUGAGGCCUACCGCACACCCACCAUGCAGGAGUGCGAGAUCUUGGGGGACGAGAUUGGCUUGCCCAGGAGGGUCGUCCAGGUUUGGUUCCAGAACGCCCGAGCCAAGGAAAAGAAGGCCAAAGCAGCUACCGGGGAGGUGGGGGGCAGCACUGAUGGGCCGGCUGAGCCGCGGGCAGCCUGCACAGUCUGCGACGUCAAAUAUGACUUCUACGUGUCUUGCCGGGGACACCUCUUCUCACGGGGGCACUUGGCCCAGCUCAAGGAGGCCGUGGCAGCCCAGCUGAAGAGCGAGAGCAAGGGCUUUGAGGGGCCUGCAGCCCCUGCCCCCACGCCAGCACCCUUCACCCCAGCAGGGUCCCCCACAGCUAUGGCUGCCCUCUCGUCCUCUUCUGCUGCCCCCCUGGGCUCCACGCUGCCAGGACGGUCCUUACCUCAGCACCUAACACCUGAAGAGCCCCAGCUCACCCCCGCCCCAGACACAGCUCCAACAGCCUCCGGGGAGGCCGACGUCAAAGUCAAGGCAGGACUCGCCGAAGGAACCCACCCCAACAUUGCACCUGUUGGGACUGGCCCAGAUGCCCCUACUCCUGGAGCACCCGUGGCCAUGGUGCCACUGCUGGGAGUCUCCGGGGCUGCCGGGCCUGACCCUGCCUCACCGGCUGUGGCUCUCAAAGCCCUCAAGGGAAUGAAGCCAGCAGUCCCAGCACUCCUGGGAGCCCAGUUCCUCCCAUUCCCAGUGCCAGCAGGCGGGACAGCACCGGCCUCACUCUUUGGUGGCCAGCUGCCUGGCGCCUACUUCCAGCAGCUUUACGGCAUGAAGAAGGGGCUCUUCCCGGUGAACCCAGUCGUACCUCAGACUCUCAUCGGCCUCCUGCCCCCCAGCCUCCUCCCGGCUCCCGAGCCCCCUGGCGUCUCUACGGUGGAUGUGGCCCACCGGUACCUUUGCCGCCAGUGCAAGGCAGCUUUUGACGGUGAGGAGGCAGCCGCCGCCCACCAGGCGGCCUUCUGCUUCCUGGGUCGCCCGGCUCCAGCCCCGCUCCGCCUCUCGGUGUGCACCUACCACUGCCUGGCAUGUGAGGUGCUGGUAAGUGGGCGCGAGGCGCUGGGCGCCCACCUGCGCUCCAGCGCGCACCGCCGCAAAGCAGGCAUGGCUGGGGGAAGCCCCCCUGGCCCCCCACCACCGCCCACCUCGGUAUUUGCCAAAGAGGAAGCAAAAUUACCUCACUCGGACCCCAGCCCGAAAAGGAACUCUACCUCGACCACACUUCUAGCUUUAUGAACAGGAUGAUGGACCCCCUCCCCCUUCCUCCCCCCCUGCACUGGAGAGGGGAGGGGGGCAACUGGGAACUCCCUGCCCUCCCUUGCCCUGGGAUAAUGCCCACUGCCAGCUCCCCCAACUCUUCCCCUUUCCCAGAGCACCCAAAGGCACCCACAGGUGAGGCUCCCAGACAUGGGGGGACACCUCCCCUCUGUAUCCCGGCCCCCUUACCCCACCCAUACCAACCACGCCAGGGAAGGGCUCUGCGUUGGCUCUCCUGACUCUUAUGUGGCUUCCUCACAUGCCCGUGACACAUGCCCACCCCCACCCUGGAGUCUUCCGCCCCUUCCAUAUUUAAUCCAGCCGCAGCUACAUCCCCUGGGCUCUCUGUCACUGUCCACAUGGCCUUCUGGGUCAUGGAUGUCCCCUCCUACACUAACCUUCCCCUGGCCAGCCUCCACUCCACCCCACUCAGACCUACCCUCUUGUGGCCACACCUCCGCCCUAGUCUGUGUCCCUCCCCCUGUGCCCAAUGCACCCCACCAAUCUACCUCCCCCACCCCCGUUAUUGCCUGCCCUGCCACCCACGCCCCGUACUGUGCUACCAACUGAGCAAGGCCAAAAAAAAGAUGGACAGAACACAAGGAAAGAACUGCAAACAAGGGAGAGGAGCCCUCCCCUUCCCUUUCCCCUCCCAACCCCAGCAUGCUUUGCCAGCCCCUGUCCCACCCUGUAUAGAACUCAUGGGGUUGUUGGAUGGACAGCCAGACCCAUGGAUGGACAGUGGUUCAGACAACAACUAAACAGGGGAAGACAUAGGAGUGUCUGCUGUGCCCCAGCCUCCUUCCCCCUCCCCUCCCCGCUCCACCCCAUCUCUUUCCUCAUUGCUAGUGGCUCCUUUGAAAACCAACAAAAAAUAACCGACAACCACCUCGCUUUACACCCCCGUUGACCUCCUGCCAUGGUGCCAAGGGGAGGAAUGGGACAACCGAGACUUCUCUUCAAUGGCUUUAACUAAACACCCUCCCCCGAGUAUCUCCUCGUCCUCCUCCCUCACCCCGCAGCCCAUGUGGCAGCCACCCAUUCCUCACGCUCGCCAAAACCGAACCAGAUGAAGACCACAGAAAGGAAAGCUAAUAAAACUGUCUCUGAAAUCCAAAGCUCUUUGAAAUAAACCCAACUGCAACCAAAAAAAAAAAAAAAAAGGCAACACAAAAGGAGAGAGAAAAAAGAAAAAGAACAAAAAAAAAAAAAGCGCAACACAAACACUGACAAGAGAGGAAUAAAAAACCAACAAAGAAACAGCAUAAACCAACAAAAAAGCAAUGAAAACCAACAGAAAACCCAACAAGUAGUCAAUAGAAUCCAACAGAAAAUCCAUCAAAACCCAACACCAAGCAACAGGAAAACCAAGAGAAUCCAACAGGAAACCCAACAAAAUUCCAACCGAACCCAACAGAGAGCCCACAGGAAAUGCAACAAAACUCAACAGGAAACCCAACAGACCCCCCCCCAGCUUCCCCGAAAAACCAACAGAAACACCAACAGAAAAAAAAAAACAACAAAAAAACAACUAAAAAGCCCCACAAAAUAAACUAACCAUGAACUGAAAGAACUAGAAAAAGUUAAAAACAAAAAACAAAAAACAACAAAAACUUGAAGGACUGUGGAAACAAAUGUCAAAAAAGGGGGAUUCUUUUCCUACCCGCUCCCAUUGACAUUUUUAUUUCCCUUUUCUCGUUGGUUUUUAACGAUGUUAUUUUUGGGGAUCCUCUCAUCAUCGCUGAUGAUGUCUCCUAAUGUUCCCCCCCCCUUCCCCAAAGACAGGAAAAAAGGAUUAAUUUAUAUGAUGGAAAGUGGAUCUGACCCCUCUCCCCACCCUUGACACUGCCGGGAAGGGGAGGAAAUUCAGAAAUAACCAAACGAACUAUGAACUGGGCUGGAGAACUCAAUAAAACUUGGGAUUUCCCUCCCCCCCACCCAGGUUUCAGCCCCACCUUCCAAAAGCCCCCACAUCCUUUGAAAAAAACCCUCACCCCCAGGACUGACAGACUUUUGUUUGUUGUGUAUUUAAAGAAAGAGAAAGUAAAACAAAAAAGAGGGGGGGAAAAAGAAAAAAAAGUUCCAAAAAAAGGAAAUAAAAUGGUAUUUAAAAAAAAAUGAUAAUAAUUAUAAGAAGAAUAAGAAUAAAGAUUGACAUGAACCGUGGGUCUCUGGGGACAGGACCGGGAGGGGCAGUGGAGUUGUGGGAUAAAUGGAGGGAAACAGAAAAAGUCCAUGACAAUGUGCAGAAGACAUGAAGGUCACGAGGAGUUCCUUGGUGUGGGCUGU